AUGGAUCGAUUAUGCCGCCUUGCAAAUGUUCUACUGCUACUCGUAGCACUUCCAAUUAUAUCGGCAUUGAAGUUCGAAAUUCACGCGGUUCCCCAACAUGAAGCUGCGAGGCACGAGCGAUGCAUUCGCAACUUUGUAGCGAAAGAGCAACUGGUGGUAGUGACGGCUAUUGUGAGCGGCCAAAGAGGCGACGGACAAACGCUUAAUAUGCAUAUCCGCGAUGCAAUGGGCAACGAUUACGGACGGCCGCGAGAUGUCUAUGGAGAAAACCGAUAUCUCUUUACUUCACAUGCCGAUUCCGCAUUUGACGUUUGCUUCGAGAACAUCAUGACAGGAAAGCCAACCGGAAACAUCAACCCAUCUCGACACGUCGAACUUGACAUCGACAUUGGCGCAGACGCGAAGGACUGGUCAGCAAUUCAGGCUGGUGAGAAGCUCAAGCCCGUCGAAGCGGAACUCCGAAGGAUCGAAGAGGUUGUUGGCGAGAUUGUUCAAGAGAUGGAUUAUCUGCGAGGACGUGAGCAGAAGCUCAGGGAUACCAAUGAGAGCACGAACGAGCGUGUGAAGUGGUUUGCGUUCGGCACAAUGGGAAUGCUGGUUGGAUUGGGAGUCUGGCAAGUUGUUUACUUGAGGGCUUACUUCAGGUCCAAGCAUCUUAUCUAGUGGAGCACGGUACAUGAACGCAUGUACAAGCUUGCCCGUUUAAACAGGCGGUCUUGGACGGACGUUCUAGUGGCUUUGCAGGGAAUUGUAUGAUCAUUUUUGGGCCUGUUGUGGGUUCAGGUCCCGGUAGACGGGCCAUGGUUCUUGUUGGAACAGUCCUUUGCAUACAUGAGAGCGGGACCUAAAUGGCGUUGGUAAGGUCUUAGUGUUCGCAUCAUAGCCUAAAAUUCAUCACGGAUUAAAUACAUGUACUGGGCCAUCUCUACACGUAGGGAUCCAACAAAAGUACAACCAAAAUUGUACCAGGGG